AAAAUAAGUAUUUGUCCUUUUCAUCCACUUUAUUGGUAACUGUGAGUCAUACAGUCUAUGUGAUGCUUUUUGUUGUAUUUAUUGGAUUUUAUAUGAUAUUGUUAUUUCUAAUGACUGCUCUAACUGGAAUCUCUUUAACCUUCUCCCACAGAUGACGUUGGACAAGAUCUGGGAUUUGUAGUUCACCAAUAAGGGAGUGAAACAGAGAGGCAGAAAGUGUUGCACAUGAUGGAGUCGAAGCGAGAGAGAGAACAAGAUGCAGAGUAUGAGAAGGUUACUGCAGCUCUGCUCAAGUCACGAUCUGGAGAAUUUGACUUGGAGUCAAUACUAUUCCUUAAACUGAGAAACCUUGGAAUACAAGACCUCGGUUGCAUCGGGGAGUGUAUAAACCUGGAGAGACUGGAUCUUUCUGGGAACAAUAUUACAAACUUGGCUCCUUUGGCAUCUCUGCGACUUCUUUCUGUCCUAAACCUGUCUGCAAACAGAGUUUCUAAUUUAGAGCCUCUACGUAGCUGUGACAGCUUACAGAAUUUAAAUGUGGCUGGAAAUAUAAUAUCCAGCAUUGAGAGCCUUCACUGCCUUCAGUCUUUGCGAAAGCUGGAAAAUAUUCGUCUCAAAGACAACACAUAUAAUUACACUAAUCCAGUGUGUAGGAACACAGUAUACAGAAAUAUAAUUCUGGAAAUGUUUCCCAACCUCAAGACUCUUGAUGGUGAACGAGUGGCUGGACGAGGGAGUGACUUGUACCAGUUGUGCAAAGACAUUGAUGAAACGAUAAAGGCUGGGAUGUACAAGAAUGGACAGAUUGUUGAACAUAAUGAUUGCAAGCCAUGGGUGCAAGACAAUUACUGGGAGAUAAAGAAAUCAAACAACGCCAUUGUUGAAGAAGCCUACAAGCAGUUCACUGAUGUUCUCCACGAAUGCAGACUUCUCAAUAACAGAGCCACUCAUGUAAUUUCACAAACUGAGAAAUCAAUGAGCCUGAAGAAGCAGUCAAAGCAGUAUGUCAUUUAAGUUGAACAUUUUGGACUUUUUUCAAUACCUUUUAAUUUUCAACAUGAUAUCUUAUGACUAAUGUACUGUACGCUUUAUCCAAGUGCUUGACAAGUGUUGUUGCCUGACAAACUUGCCCUGUGUUGCAGUGUGAAAGUUUAUCAAAUCCUAUGCAUUAGUAAUUGGACAGUGCAGGCUUGUGGGUUUUUUGCAAGCUUUAAUCUGUACUGAUGCCUUUCAGUUUUGUUCAAAGAUGUCAUGACUUGACCAGUGUGCAUUUUGUUGUAGCUAGUUUUAUCCUUAAACUAGUAUGCUGCUUAAAUUUGUAAUAUAUUGUUAGUACCUUCAAGCUCUUUUCCAUUCUGCAGUCCUGAAGCUGUUUGUUUAAAUUAUCAUAUGUUUUACACUAAACAUUUGCAAAUAGUGGAUGAAUUAUCCUUUCAUCUUUUUAUGUAUAAGGGUUUGUUUGUAUGACCCACUUGAUAAGAGUUGAUAAGAAAUACAAUGCUGACAAAGGGUUAAA